CGCCCGCCUCUCGGCCCAGACGGCCAGGCGAGGAGGCGCCCAUGCCGGACCGCGCAGCGCAGUGAGGACGCGCGCGGGCGGGCGGGGGCGCAGCCGGCACCAUGUCCAUGUUGCCCACCUUCGGCUUCACGCAGGAGCAAGUGGCGUGCGUGUGCGAGGUGCUGCAGCAGGGCGGCAACAUCGAGCGGCUGGGCCGCUUCCUCUGGUCGCUGCCCGCCUGCGAGCACCUCCACAAGAAUGAAAGCGUGCUCAAGGCCAAGGCGGUGGUGGCCUUCCACCGCGGCAACUUCCGCGAGCUCUACAAGAUCCUGGAGAGCCACCAGUUCUCGCCGCACAACCACGCCAAGCUGCAGCAGCUGUGGCUCAAGGCGCACUACAUCGAAGCGGAGAAGCUGCGCGGCCGGCCGCUGGGCGCUGUGGGCAAAUACCGCGUGCGCCGCAAGUUUCCGCUGCCGCGCUCCAUCUGGGACGGCGAGGAGACCAGCUACUGCUUCAAGGAGAAGAGUCGCAGCGUGCUGCGCGAGUGGUACGCGCACAACCCCUACCCCUCACCCCGCGAGAAGCGCGAGCUGGCGGAGGCCACGGGCCUCACCACCACGCAGGUCAGCAACUGGUUCAAGAACAGGCGGCAGCGCGACCGGGCAGCCGAGGCCAAGGAAAGGGAGAACAGCGAAAACUCCAACUCCAACAGCCACAAUCCUCUGGCUGCGUCGCUGAACGGCAGCGGCAAGUCGGUGCUAGGCAGCUCGGAGGACGAGAAGACGCCGUCGGGGACGCCGGACCACUCGUCGUCCAGCCCCGCGCUGCUGCUCAGCCCGCCGCCGCCACCAGGGCUGCCAUCCCUGCACAGCCUGGGCCACCCUCCCGGCCCCAGCGCCGUGCCUGUGCCCGUGCCGGGCGGAGGUGGCGCGGACCCACUGCAGCACCACCACGGCCUGCAGGACUCCAUCCUCAACCCCAUGUCGGCCAACCUCGUGGACCUGGGCUCCUAG